CACACCUUUUCCUCCUCCCUUUUUCACUGCUCUCUGCUGUAAACUUUGGUUACGGACACGUCGGUCACGUGACCCGUGGGAUAAAUAGUUUUUGAGAAGCAUGAGGAGGGGGUACUAGACUCCGGAGCUUGUGCGGGGCGCACCGCGCUGCCUCCGUGCGUCAUCAUAAACACACAAAUUCUCUUUAAAAAAAAAAAAUGAAGACGGAAAGACGCGGGUCCGGUCCGGACUGAUUACUGACCUCAGCAGUGCGCGCUCACGGAAGACCGUAUACGAGACCUGGACGCGGAAGGAGUGAGAGGACAAAGAGGAGGAGGAGGAAGAGGAGGACAGCACGAACCCCCCAGCAUGACUCUGGGGACGGACGUGUCGGAGAGCCCGGCGCUGUCCGACGACGUGGACAUCGACGUGGUCGGCGGCGACGGCGUGAGAGACGGGAAAUAUCUGCGCCAUCCUCGCGUUUUCCACCUGGACCAUGACUCCGACGACCCUCUGUCGUCCCACGAGGUCGGGGAGGGCACCGCCAGUGGGUGCCCGGAUGAAGACCGCGUCGGGGCUCGAGGCGAAUCCGGAGCCGGCGCUGACCCAUUACUAGGGGACAAACCGGCGAAAAACGCGCUAGUGAAGCCGCCAUAUUCGUACAUCGCGUUAAUCACGAUGGCCAUCUUGCAGAGCCCGAAGAAACGGCUGACUCUGAGCGAGAUCUGCGAGUUCAUCAGCAACAGGUUCCCGUACUACCGCGAAAAGUUCCCAGCGUGGCAGAACUCCAUCCGGCACAACCUGUCGCUCAACGACUGCUUCGUCAAGAUCCCACGCGAACCCGGUAAUCCGGGAAAGGGCAACUACUGGACGCUGGACCCGGAGUCGGCCGACAUGUUUGACAACGGCAGCUUUCUGCGCAGACGGAAGCGCUUCAAGAGACACCAGAACAGCGACGUGGUUCUCCGUGACGCGGGCGGAUUCCUGCCGGGAUUUGGAUACGGCCCUUAUGGCUGUUACGGCCCUGGUGCCGGUGGCGCCGGCGGCUACGGACUGGCCCUGCAGAACUUCCACGCGUACCAUCACCACCACCACCCGGCUGGGACGUUCCCUUUCCAGGGCGCACCGUGUCCCCUUCCCGCCGUGCCCUCUUCCAUCUUCUCCUCGUCGCCGCACACCGUGCCGCCCUCUCUGCUGGGAACAGAUCUAAGGAAGCCCUUCUACCCGCAGCUCGGUCCCGCACUUGCGCCUCACAAAACGGACACGAACACAUCGCGCCGCCCUUCUUUCUCCAUAGACAACAUCAUCGGUGCGACCAGCUCGCCUCCUUCGGCGCCCUACAGCGCGCAGUUACCGGCGGGUCAGGCGCAGAUCUUAGCCAUGCUCACCCCACCGUCCUCCAACCACUUGAACCUCUCUCCGGAAACGAUCGCACGCAACUCGUGCGCGGACUUCCUCCGGUAAAACGAGGACGACGAACUUUUUUUUUUCUUUUUCUUUUUUUUUUUUUGAGAGCAUUUCUAGUUGUUUCCCCAGAACGGCGCAGUCCGUUUUUUAAAAUUCGACAUUUUGCUAAGGUAGGAACUGACUUUUUGUGAGGCUAAAAAUUCUCUCUUUUUCUUGUGGAAAUCUGAGAGUAAACAAACAAACAAACAAACAAACAAACAAAAACUUUAAGUAAUUACGCUAUAUUUAUGAACUGUAAAUAUGUACAAUAUUGAGAAAAACAACAUCGUGUGCAUUUAAAAAAAGAAAGAAAGAAAGAAAGAAAGAAAAGGUAGUCCGAGGUUAACCUUUGACCUUUGAUCUCCAGUCCAGCUGUUUUUUAAACAGGAAACCAUUCAGUUAAUUUGAUCUCAUUGUGAACGCUGGAUUUUCCUGUCGGCGCGCUUACAGAUUGUUAUUGAUAUUGCUAUGGUUUAUAUAUAUAUUUUUUGUGAGUUUUGUGAAAAACGAAAGCACUGUUUAGUAGUAGAGAGACCGAAAAUAUCGACUCAGGUUUACUUCUUCUUUGUUUUUCCUUAUUUUAUUAUUAUUAUUAUUUUUUGAAAAGCACAUUGCCAGAGACAGUGGGGUUUUCACCCGAACAGCGGUGUAUCAGUGUCAAGUAUAGCUGUU